GGCGGAGGCGCACUCGGCCUCGACGUCGGGACCGCGCCGCUCGCGGUGGGAAGCGCCUUAUAAGCCCGUGGCCGCGCCACCCCGGAGAGCGCGCGUACUCCGGCCCCGGGCGGGCCCCUAUCAAGCCGGUCUCCGGUCAGGUUAGGGGAGUACCCCGACCCGGCCCCGACCUCGGGCAAACCCGGACUCCGCACAGACUCCGGAUCGCUCCGAGUCUGGACAGACCUCGGACGGACCCCGGCCCGGGAUAGAUCCCGACUGCAGACGGUUCCCGGCCCCGGACGGACCCCGCGCGGACCCCGGCCGCGGGUGGACCCCGGACAGAUCCCGGAUCGCUCCGACUCUGGACAGACCUAGGACGGACCCCGGCCCCGCAUAGACUCCGGCCGCCGGUGGACCCCGGACAGACCUCGGCCCGGGAUAGAUCCCGGCUGCAGACAGCUCCCGGCCCGGGACGGACCGCGGCCGCGGGGGGACCCCGGCCCCGGACGGACCUCGCGCGGACCCCGGCCGCGGGUGGACCCCGGCCGGGCCGGGCGCGCUCCUGCCGGCCGGGGAUGCGCGGCCCGCGGCAUGGCCUCGGCGGUGUUUGAGGGCACGUCGCUCGUGAACAUGUUCGUGCGCGGCUGCUGGGUGAACGGCAUCCGCCGGCUCGUCGUCAGCCGGCGCGGCGACGAGGAGGAGUUCUUCGAGAUCCGUACCGAGUGGUCGGACCGCAGCGUGCUCUACCUGCACCGCAGCCUGGCCGACCUGGGCCGCCUGUGGCAGCGCCUCCGCGACGCCUUCCCGGAGGACCGGCCGGAGCUGGCGCGCGCGCCGCUGCGUCAAGGACUGGUUGCCAUAAAGGACGCCCAUGAUAUCGAGACCAGGCUUAACGAGGUGGAGAAGCUUCUCAAGGCCAUCAUCAGCAUGCCUCGCAAGUACUCCAGGUCAGAAGUCGUGCUCACCUUCUUCGAAAGAUCGCCCCUGGAUCAGGUGUUAAAGAAUGACAACGUGCAUAAAAUUCAACCCAGCUUUCAGAGUCCGGUGAAGAUCUCAGAAAUCAUGAGGUCCAAUGGAUUCUGUUUAGCAAACACGGAAACGAUCGUUAUUGACCACAGUAUUCCAAACGGCAAAGACCAGCACGGGGCCGCGGACCCCACGGAGCACCUGUUUGAGGGCGGGGGCGAGUUCCCCGCCGAGCUGGAGGACGGGGACGACCCGGCGGCCUACGUCACCAACCUGUCCUAUUACCACCUGGUGCCCUUCGAGACGGACAUUCUGGACUGAGCCCCCAGGCGCCUCCCCCGGCCCGCCCGCCCCCAAGGAGACCCAUGUCUCCAACAGCCGGGAGUUGGGUCGGGGGGUCCAGCGCCCCUGCUGCUUCUCGGGCUCCUCCCGCCUGUGUCUGCAUCCCAGGACGUGCCCCAUCGAGCCUGGCCCGCCACAAGUGCCUGCAAGACGGCCCAGGGCCAGGACUGGACGCCCGGCCCUCCCCCAGGAGGGCACCCGGCCACCCUCCCCCAUGUGCCCUCCCAAGACCAGCGCACAGGACGUGUCAAGUGAGACCUUGCUGGGUCCCCGGGUUCUGGACGACAUGGGGGUUGUUCUCUCACCCAGGUUUCCCGGGACCGGGAUGUGUGGCUUCCAGUCCUGCGUCCUACCUUCUUCCCAGAAGCCAGGGGCUUUGUGUCAGCCCAGGGGUGUUGGCGGAACGUUGGUCGUGAGCGGGGUGUUGGCUACAAGCAUGAGGGACCCGCUGACCGGUGCCCACCUGGGGGACACAGAGAGGAAGGAGCCCACCUGGCCUCCUGCGAGGGGUGAGGGCGCUGGGCCGUGCUCUCGGAGAUGCAGCCGCCGCGUCAGCCUGGAAGACGGGAGCCGGGAGGUCACCGAGUGUUCCCGGCAGGUCCCCCGCUGCCCUCGGGGAGAGUCUGGGUUCUGUGUGUUCAUCUCCUCACAGAGUCUACUAACGACCAGAAUUUGCUCGUGUAAAUAAUAGUAAAUUAUUGAGAAUCCUAAUUCUUUUACACAGUCUGUUUUUUAAUCUAUUUUCAUGAAAUAAAACACACUGCUCUCCUCUGA